AGCGGCGGCGCGCGCGCUUGUGGAACCAAUAUGGCGGACGCACGAUCGAACGCCGCGCGGUUUUCGAAAAGAAAAGUGUUCGAAUUUUGAAAAUGACGUGUGGCAUUUGUUUCUUCUUUACCGGGAAUGGCCAGUUGUGCUGUGCUUGUGACUUGUGACGUGACGGUUAAUUUGAAGUGAUUGAAUUUUGGAUAUCUAAGAUUCAGUUCAUCAGUUCCGGUGGACGACCCUCAGAAGAAUUUAGUACAAAAAUGAAAGAAACAUUGGAACUGAUCCAACUCCUGAGUGACUGAACCAUAUCAGAAAUAAGAACUAUUUUGAGAAAUGUGGAGAGCCAAAUAAUAGGAAAGUCACUUUUUAAACGCGAUAUAUUUCGAAUAACAUCAAUGUGUCCAAUAUCAGAUGACUCGACCCGUUUCCGAAAUGAAAUAAGUGCGACAAAGUGCUUGAUGAAUUUUCGAACGUCAGUGAGUCAGGUUAAAGUGCAUUUUAGUGUGACAAGUGAAAAUGGCUAAGGAUUACAAUUUGUGUGUGCUAGUGGUAGUGUUAGUGAUGCAAACUAUGAUCCAGACCAGUUACGAGAUUAUUGAAUCACAUGUGAUCCAGGUGUGGUCGGCCCCGCGCGGCGCCACGCGUCUGCCGUGCGACCUGGCGGCGUCGGUCCGCGACGUGGCCAUGCUGCUGUGGUUCAAGGACGCCGACCGGAUGCCCAUUUAUACUGUGGACUUCAGAAACGGCGCUCCGGUCCACUGGGCGAUAGCUGGGGAGUUCGGGGCCAGAAGUCACUUCGUGCUGAACGAGUCUGACCCGUCGUCAGCACAUCUCGCCAUAGAGAAGGUGGCAGCGCAAGAUGAAGGCCUCUACAGAUGCAGAAUAGACUACAUAGAUUCACCGACCAGAAAUUACAAAGUGAACCUUACUGUUAUAGUCCCGCCAGAAUCCCCUCGGAUAUACGACUCCGAGGGUCGCGAGAUCCUCGGCGGAGGCGCCGGCCCUUUCAGAGAAGGGCAGGGCUUACUGCUGUCUUGCCAGGCAUCAGGAGGCAAACCCCUCCCAGACGUGUCAUGGUACCGCGGCGAGGAGCGUCUGGCCCACACGCGCGAGGGUUCCGUCUGCCAGCUCCACAUCCAGGAGCUGACCCGCGAGCUGGACGGCGUGAAGCUCCAGUGCCGGGUGCAGCCGCCGCUGCUGCAGCCCACUGUCCGGAAUGUCAAUGUUAAGCUGUUUUUAAAACCCCAAUUCGUCCGCGUGACGGGUCUGGGCAGGACGCGCGCGGGCCACGAGCGUUCCUUCGUGUGCACCACGCGCGGCUCCAAGCCCGCGCCCAACAUCGACUGGUUCAUCAACUCGCAGCUGAUUGACUCUACGCUGAGCCAGGUGGAGGUAGACGGGGAGGUGACUCGCAGCGUGCUGGCGUGGCGCGUGCGGCGCGAGGACGGCGGCCGCGGGCUCGUGUGCCGCGUGUCCAACCCCUGGUUCCCCGCCUACACGCUCGAAGACUCCGUCAUGCUUGAAGUCAUGUACCCGCCAGUAGCCCAGCUGUCCCUAGUAGAGCCGCGGGAGGCGCGCUUGCUGCGAGAGGACGAGAACGCCCAGCUCCUGUGUUCUGCUGAUGCCGUGCCGCCGGCAGCCAACUUCAGUUUCUAUAAGGAGGAGCACGAGAUCCACGACGACCCUAUCGGCGGCAUCUCUGUCUCGGGCCGGUCGCUGUGGCUGCGCGGUCUCAGGCGACACCACUCCGCGCGCUACCGGUGUCGCGCCGCCAACGCCGAGGGCAGUGCGCUUAGUGAGCCACUCACGCUUAAUGUACUGUCGCGUCCAGAGUGCUCAGCCGGCAGCGUGGUGCAGCAGCUGGCGGCGGCGCCGGGCGGCGUGGUCCGCGCCCGCUGCUCCGUCACUGCGCCGGCUGCGAGGGACGCCGGGCCGCUGAGGUUCUUCUGGACUUAUAAUGGGACGCGGGAUGUGCUGCCGAUACCAGCAUCCAACGUGACGAUGAUGGGCGCGAGCAGCACCGUCGUGCACGGCCUGCCAGCCACGGCUGACGGGGACCUGGGCUGGCUCGCGUGCUGGGCCGCCAACGACGUCGGCAACCAGAGGGAGCCCUGCCUGUUCCGGAUCAUGCCUGCUGCGCUGCCAGAGCCUCCGUCCAACUGCGAGCUGGCGGAGAACUUGCUGGUGGUGCGCUGCGAGCCAGGACACGACGGGGGGCUCCCGCAGCAGUUCCUGCUGGAGGUGCUCGAGGUACGGCGCCCCCAGGAGGCCCCCGAGGAUAACGAGAUAUCCACCAUGAACGACCAGGGCAUCAUUGGUCGAGGUCUGACGGAAGCGGUGUACCGCGCUCGCAACGACGCUCCGCAGUUUUCGCUGGAUGCUCUAUCGCCUGGGAAGUAUACAUUGCUGGUGUAUGCUGAGACGCCUCGAGGACGAUCACCAAGACCGGCCGCAUUGCACAGCGUGCCGAUACGAGUUGGCGAUGAAGACGUGGAUAAGCCUGAUUCCUUACAAACGAUGACGCCGUCGCCGCCGAUAUCUCCGAUGGAGAACGGGGUGGCGCUGCUGAUUGGUUCGGUGCUGUCGCUGGUGCUGGUCACGAUCCUGACCACUCUGUGCGUGUCGCUCGUCGUCAUGUGUAAGAAGAAGAGCCGGGCGAGACCGGAUAGCGAAACGAUCCUGCGCAGAAACGUCGGCGUCUCCAUGUACGGGGGCUCCUCUCUCUCCCCCAGCAUCGUCCCCACGGUGGUGGUCCGCGGGCACCGCGGGUCGCGGGUGCUGGCCGCCAGAUGGUCCGGGGUGCUGGAUGAGGCGCCGCUCACUGUGCUGGCUUUGGAUACUCGAGCUCAUGACGUGGACUCCAGUGACUGCGAGCCACACCAAGAGACGCAGCUGACACGACACUGCGACGAAAUGGAAACACAGACCGACACGUGAUCAAAUGGAAUAUUCCAACAAAUCGGGAGUCCGAACCAUUUGACUUGUCAAUAAAAUAUCAGUAUUAAAACCGUGAUAUCCAUGCGAACCAAAACGAACAAACAUUUGCAGAUGCAAAUAACAAAAUAGAGUGCAUGAUCCGAGUUAAUUUCUGCGAAACUUAGGUACCGCGAGUAGUUGACAUGGCCAGCUAUUUGUGUUCACAUGAGGGGAAUAAAUUUAAACUUGCAGGUUAUGGAAUGUUAUCGUGUGUACACCCUGUUUCAUAGGAACGACUGCUAUGCAAGCUAAAAGUAAUCUUAUCCAGUAGCAUAGAGGGUUUUGUUUCGAAAGUUCUUACCUGGAAUAGGCUAUAGUGAACGUCUUGAGACAGCCGAUGAAAUAUUGUUUCGAUACCAUCACAGACGUAGUCGGCAGACAUUCAUGGGCGACCAAUAACCAUUGAGUUUUCAGGUGACUUAUGAUCGGGGGCUAUUCUGUAAGCAUUCUCUGAGGCAGUGUUACCUCAACAUCUUCGGUAGUAAGCUUUGUAAAUUGCGUAGUAGAAUUCGAAUAAAUUUAAUGUUAGAUUCUAGAUAAUUAUAACCAUUUAGGAUUGGCAAAUGUCAGUACGAAAUAAUUUUUGAUGCUGCGAUUUAUAAGUUAUAAGUUUAUUACCUAUCAACAAUAUUUUUAUAUCUAUAACUAUCAUCACGAAACAGAACGAUCUAAUAAGCAUCAAUGUGGUUUAUGGAAAUAUUUUUUAAUUUGUAUUAUACUACUUACUACUAAUAAUUUAAUGUAGUAAUUAUUAGUAGUAAGUAUCUAAAUUAGUACACUGUCUGAGUAGAUAUUACAUAACUUGUAUUUAUAUUGGAGUGAUUUUAGAAUAUAAAAGUUGCAAAAAAAUAUGUAGGUAAUUACAUUAUGCAGCCAUAAGUAUACCAUUCAAUACUUUUUAUAAUCAUUCUGCAUUCCGGAAGUUGCUGCUGUUUUAUGUGAAAAGAUUUUCUCAUUAAAUUUACAAUACCUACAAGGCAAAUAAUACCUUUCUACAUUUUAUUUACUAGCCAUACACUACACAGCUGCCUGAGGAUUCACCUGGCGGGUAAAAAUGAUCGUGAAUGGCUAGCUAGUAAUGAUUCAUGAAAAGUUCUUGAUAUUUAACACUGUUAAUAAUAUUUACACUCACGGGCAAUGAAAAAGUUCCACUCACAAAAUUCCAAUACCGAAAUACCCAAAUAUGUUCAAAAAUUAAAAAUAUUA